AUGCUCUGCUCCCGCUGCCGAACGCAUCUUCUUUCCCGCCUUCCAUUCUCUCGCGGCGCAUCGAGCCUCCCACCCUCCAGAAACGCCCGCCUCAAUUCAACGACCCAGCAACGAACGUAUAGCACACCCACCAACCCCACGCAAGCACCGGCAGCUGAGAACUCAGCAUCCGGAGACGCCAAUGAAGCUACGGUCACGACAACCGCUGCGUCACCCAAAGCGAGCAGUAGUGUUCCCGCCGGGACGCGUUUGAUCGGAUUAAACUAUUUCAAGAACAAGCCCGAAAUCCUUGCAAAGGAGGAUAGCGAAUACCCGGAUUGGCUAUGGAAGUUGCUAGAUGACCCGACUGCGAAAGCGAAGAGCGGUGCUGGGAGUGUGGACGUUUCCACAUUGAACAAGAAACAACGAAAGCGUCAUGAAAAGAAAAUGGCCGCCCUCGCCGCCUCUAAACCCCGCGUCAUCCCUCUUCACGAACAGACUGUUGAUAUCAUCCCUGCGGAUGCGGUCACUGCUGACGCUGAGAAAAAUUACGACGUGGCCGCUACGGGCAUUGAAGCGAGAGAGGCAAUCAACAAAAGCGCUCGUCUUGCGCGAAGAAAGGCCAUCAAGGAGGCUAACUUCCUGAAGGGAUUGUAA